AAACCAAGGUGUAUGUUGGUAAUCUGGGAACCGGUGCCGGCAAAGGAGAGUUAGAAAGGGCUUUCAGUUAUUAUGGUCCCUUAAGAACUGUGUGGAUUGCAAGAAAUCCUCCGGGAUUUGCCUUUGUGGAAUUUGAAGAUCCCAGAGAUGCAGAAGAUGCAGUGCGAGGCUUGGAUGGGAAGGUGAUUUGUGGUUCCCGAGUGAGAGUUGAAUUAUCAACAGGCAUGCCUCGGAGGUCUCGUUUUGAUAGACCACCAGCCCGCCGUCCCUUUGAUCCCAAUGAUAGAUGCUAUGAAUGUGGCGAAAAGGGACAUUAUGCUUAUGAUUGUCAUCGUUAUAGCCGGCGGAGGAGAAGCAGGUCACGGUCUAGAUCACAUUCGAGAUCCAGAGGUAGGCGAUACUCUCGCUCACGCAGCAGGAGCAGGGGAAGGAGGUCAAGAUCAGCAUCUCCACGAAGAUCAAGGUCUGUGUCUCUUCGGAGAUCAAGAUCAGCUUCACUCAGACGAUCUAGGUCUGGUUCUAUAAAAGGAUCGAGAUCCCGGUCGAGGUCAAGAUCAAGAUCUAGGUCUCUUUCACGACCAAGAAGCAGCCGAUCAAAGUCCAGAUCUCCAUCUCCAAAAAGAAGGUAAGCUAAAUAAUUUGUUGCCAAAUCUUAACUGUCAAGUAUGGCCUCUGCAGAGUUUGUUUGCUUACUGCUU